AUGACAUCAUCGCCGGCCGACCAACCGGAGUCGAGCAGGGGGAGCCAGAGACAGAGCCCUGACACUGACCAGUCUGGCACAAAGCCCAACGCCACAACCCCCUGCCCCCGACCGACUGAGGUGACCCCGCUCACCGACCUGUCCCAGCUAGCCAGGAUUGUGUUGUUGUUGUUGUUGACGUGGGACGGACACUCUUCUGCCGGGACCUUCACGCUGAGUCAGCAGCGCCCGGCGGGCCGAGCACUCGCUGACAAGGAGGGCGGAACGGAGGCCCCUGAACCUGAGGAGGCCCCUGAACCUGAGGAGGCUCCUGAACCUGAGGAGGCUCCUGAACCUGAGGAGGCCCCUGAACCUGAGGAGGCCCCUGAACCUGAGGAGGCUCCUGAACCUGAGGAGGCCCCUGAACCUGAGGAGGCUCCUGAACCUGAGGAGGCUCCUGAACCUGAGGAGGCUCCUGAACCUGAGGAGGCCCCCGCACCUGAGGAGGCUCCUGAACCUGAGGAGGCUCCUGAACCUGAGGAGGCUCCUGAACCUGAAGAGGCUCCUGAACCUGAGGAGGCUCCUGAACCUGAGGAGGCCCCUGAACCUGAGGAGGCUCCUGAACCUGAGGAGGCCCCUGAACCUGAGGAGGCCCCUGAACCUGAGGAGGCUCCUGAACCUGAGGAGGCCCCUGAACCUGAGGAGGCCCCCGGACCUGAGGAGGCUCCCGAACCUGAGGAGGCCCCUGAACCUGAGGAGGCUCGGGCCCCCGAGGCCCCAGGUCCCAGAGCCACCGGUGGCUUCAUGUCCUGGCGACAGGUCUUUCCCGCUCGUCCAUGUGGGACGGGUUUCAGUGGCCCCUUCAGCGGCGGCGGCUCAGGAGCCCGACCAGAACCUCAGCGCAACUGA